AUGAUCCGCCAAGGUGCAGCCACCCUUUGCAAGCGCCAUGCUGCAAACCAAUUGAAGGUCAACACUGGCGCUUCGGGCGCUCUCAGAAGAGAGAUGUGCGGUCUUGUUGCUGCCAUUGAUGAUGUCUGGGGCAAGACUUCCAGCGCUCGAAGUGAUAUUGCCAUCUUGGGAAAAGAAACUAUGAACACCACCUCCAAGAUCCUUCACCACCGUGGUCCAGAUGGUAUGCAAGUUAGUGCUGGUACUGUUGGUGAGGGAGAGACUCUGGCCCGUUGGUCCAUGGGACACACUCGUCUUGCCAUUGUUGAUCCGUCGAACAGAUCUGCCGACAUGCCUUUCAACUUGAGUUUCAAAACCAAGAAGGGAGACAAAAUCAUUCACCUUGCUGCCAAUGGAGAAAUUUACAACCAUAAUCUUGUAUACAAGGAUCUUGUCGCCAAGGAAGGUUGGAAUCAUGAUCGUAUCUCUGGCUCCGACUGCGAGGUUAUUGCUCACGCUUUUGCGCAAUGGGGUGGGCCCAAGACAGCUGCCAGCCUUGAUGGUAUGUUUGCAUUUGUUGUUUUUGAAGAGGAUGUCGUAACAGGUGAAGUCAAGGCAUUUGCUGCAAGAGACCCUGUCGGAAUCAAGCCUUUGUACUACGGAAGAACCAAAUGCUCAAAUAGUAGUGACGAUGCUGCAGCAUACGUUUUCUCAAGUGAGCUCAAGGCCCUUGUUGGACACGUCGAUCCCAGCACUGUUGUUGCUAUUCCCCCAGGACACUACUGGACUCCAGAAGAAGGUCUAGUCUGCUACUAUAAUCCUGAGUGGCUUCGAAACGACGACUAUGCACCAUGGGAAGAUCCCAACCAUACUGUUACCGACGAUGAAAUCCGAGAAGGUUUCACGAAGGCUGUCCAAAAGCGCAUGAUGUCUGACGUUGACUAUGGCUUCUUCUUAUCUGGUGGCGUCGACUCGUGCAUCGUGUCUCAUGACCUCUUGCCUUUGUGGCGAGAAGAAAGGGCGAAGCUCGGUGAUGAUCGCCCAAUCCCAGCAUACACUGUGGGAAUGGAAAAUAGUCCAGAUUUAAUGGCUGCACGCGGCAUGGUCGAUGCCCUUGGUGGUGAAAAGCAUGUUGAGCACCAUAUUCGAUCGUUCACACCCGAUGAAGUUUUCGAUCUUGUUCCCAAGAUCAUCUACCACAUGGAAACCUACGAAGCUGAGUUGAUCCGAAGUGCUAUCCCUAACUGGUUGCUCGCCGAAAGAGCCGCACAAGACGUCAAGAUGGUAUUAACAGGCGAAGGAGCUGAUGAGAUAUUUGCCGGAUACCUAUACUUUCAAGAUGCCGAGAAUCCACGACAACUCCAAAACGAGCUUCGCAGAAUCUACGGAAUGCUCGGAAAUGUGAACCUGCACCGAACCGACCGAAUGACAAUGGCUCAUGGCUUGGAAGCUCGAGUGCCAUUUCUUGACACUGAGUUUACUCGACUUGUUAUGAGCGUCGACCCCGCCAAGAAGAUUGUUGACCGAGAGGCUGUCAAGUCAAACUCCCGAGGCCGUGAAAAAACAUUCUUGCGUGAGUUGUUCGAGGGCCCCAACAGCAAUGGCAGCUCCAUCCCUCGACCAAUUUUGUGGAGAGCAAAGGCUAUGCAGUGCGAAGGUGUUGGUGAAGAUUGGGUUUCAAUCUUGCAACGACGUGUUUCUUCGCUAGUCUCUGAUGCAGAAAUGGCCGAAGCUCACAUCACUUACCCCAUCAACACACCGCAGACAAAGGAAGAGUUGUACUACCGCAGAAUCUACGACGAAAACUUCCAUGGAAUGGAACAUGUCGUAAAGCUCUGGGAAGGUGGAGGCAGAGCCAUGGGUGCAGAAUGGAAGAGUGACAUGUACACCAGAGAAGGUUUGGCGAACGUUGAUUUGUUGAGCCAUGCAUUGCAAGAAGGCAAGGGAAAGGCUGCAUAG